AUGCUUAAGUCACACAUGCGCACUCACACGGGAGAGAGGCCGUAUGCGAAUCUCAAGGUACACAUGCGCACUCACACGGGAGAGAAGCCAUUUGCGUGUGACAAAUGUGAAUACAGGUGUAGGACUUCCAGUUCACUGAAUAAACACCGGCGCACUCACUCAAAACCGAGCGCGUGA